CUGCUCCUCCUCCUGGAGCCUCAGGUCACCACUCCCUCCUCCAGAUCUCAGCCCUCUCUGGCUCCUCGCCUCAGUUUGUUCUGCGGCUGCCUCUGGUUCUGGAGCUCAGCAUGGCUCUCUGGACGGCGGCUCUGGUUCUGCUGCAGCUCCUCGGGCCUCUGUGGGCUCAGAAUAAAGACCUGGAUGCUCCCAUCAGGCCUCAGGACUGCAGCCUGGACUGCAUCCGACAGGGAGGCCCUGAGUGUGAAUACUGCAGAAUAACCAGAAGUGAUGUGAAGGUGGCUCUGGGGUUUAAUUCCCUCCAAACAUUUGGAAGUUGUAUUCCGUGGCCUUGUUUCGAGCUCCUCGGACAAGACGACCCUAAAAUCUGUCAGCACUACGUCCAGGCUCCAAACGAGGUGAAGGUGGAGUUUUUAGAGGAACCGAACCCCGAGUCUGACACCGUGGUCGUCUCCUGGAAGCCCAGCUACUACGGAAUUGCCUUCCUGCGAGGCUUCCAGGUGUCGCUGCAGGUUCUGGGCGGGUCCAGUGUUGCCUGCCAGCUCUUCCUCUUCCACCGUAACGUCUCCUUACCAGCCUCUCAGGCUCAGAAGGUGUACAAGUCGGACCCGUUCCCCGGCCUUCCCCUUGGAACCCAGUACGCUGUUACCGUCAUGGCUCUGCCGGUGCCGGAGGAGUGGGAGAAGUUCUACCACAGCGAGAUCUUCUCCACCCAAUCUUGUGCAGAGAAGAAUGGACUGGAGCAGUGCAAAACGGACUGGUACCCCAAACACAUCGAGGUCCAACAGGAAGGAACCGCCGUCACCGUGACCUUUAACCUGGCGCCUCCUAAUCUGGGCAUCAGGAGCUACUUCUCACUGUGUUACGCAAACGGCAUGAAGAAAUAUACAGACAUUACACCCAAUUCCACCAAAAACAAAACUCACCACAGCUACCACCUGGACGACCUGCAGGAAGGAACCAACUACACCUGUGAGAUCGCAGCCAACGAAGUGGACGCUGUGAGAAAAACGUUCAGCGUUCAGGUGUUACACAUCCAUAAAGACGGCGGCUCUCCGAUCUCUACCGCUCCGUUGCUGGCUGUGUUUCUUCCACUGUGUCUGGCCGUUGUAGCCAUACUGGGAGUCGUGGUCGCUGUUUUCACCAGGAGGAGGUCCAAGCUACGCAUGAACAAGUUUGACAUUAAACCAGAUAUUAUCAAAGAGUACGAAGAGAGCAGGACUCAGGAGGAAAUGGUAUCGCUGCCCAAAAACAGGCCGAAACCUCCUCGUCUUCUGAUCUGCUAUAGCAGCCACGACGGCCCUGCUCAUGUCAAAGCUGUCAUGAAGCUGGGAGCCUUCAUCCAACAGCACAUGGCCACUCAGGUGUGUCUGGACCUGUGGGACUCUCUGAGCGUGGCCGAGGAGGGCAGCAUGGCCUGGCACUGCCGGCACAUCCGGGAAUGCGACUUCGUCUUGGUGAUCUGUUCUCGGGGUUUGAACCAAAGACCUCCGGAGCCAGAGGGGGACAGCGAGGACGAGGAGGUGGAAGCACAGCUGGACUUUGGCUGCAGCUCUGACGCCGCCGUCAAACUCAUCGGAGAGGAGGUGGGUCGAGCCAAAGCCAGAGGUCAGGAUCUGUCCAAAUACAUGGCGGCCAUUUUCAAGUACUCUGAGGAGAUGGACAUUCCCACCGAGCUGAGGCUAGUGUCGCACUAUAAGCUAACAAACGACUUGGCGCUGCUCUUCUCCCACCUCCAUGGAGUCGCUCUGCACCGGCCGGGAGGCUUCCUGAAGAUAAACCACAUCUCAGAGGAAAGCUACGCUAACGUGCCGGCUGGAGCCGCUCUGCAGUGGGCCAUCUACGAGGCCGGGAUGGAAAUGAGGGAAAAACAGCAGAACUCUGUGGAGGAGGGAACCCUGAUUUAAAGGUCCAAUAUUGUACCUCUUAUUUCACAAAUUAAUUGAAGACUCAUAUGUUUCCAGAACGCGUCUUUCAAUUUUCAGCUCACAAUACUUCAAAAGGUGGUUCAUUUUACUCUGAAUAUGUAACUCCUGCCUUUAGCUGUAUUGUAAAAGCUCUGUUUCAGCCUCUGUAGCUUUAAAUACAGCUGAGCUACUGCUAGCCCCGCCCCCUUCAGGAAGAAGGAGUAGCGUGGGCAGCUUUUUCAGAUUGAAAUAUUGCCACAUUCUCUGCACACUCAUUGGUGAGUUUGCCAUGAAGGUUUUAAAAUCUGUGUUUUAGCUGCUAACUAUUUCGUACUCGUUACAUUUUCUGACCACAGACAGGAGAAUAUGUAAAUGAGAACAGCUUUAUUGGGAACACAGAGAGCAGGAGAGAAGAAUGAAAGCAGGUGAAUUUAGGCUGGACAAAAGGUGAUAUGAAAGCACAAUAACCAGCCCAGUCCUUGUUUACUGGGUUAAAGUCGAUUUUAAAGUUUCCACCAUCAUCUAAAAGUGCCUCAUUAUUACAGAUUCCACAUAAUUCUGACCUGUGGGCCCCCACCAAAGCUAAUGGUAACGUUAAGCCACACAACCUGCACUAAGGAUUCUCUUAUUGUUGUGGGGACAUUGACAUCAAAAAUUAUAGGAAUCUACUGAGUGCUUAGUCCCUCGGAUGCUGGGAGUGCAUGAAAACUCAGGUGUUCACUCUUGCAGUACAUUUGGUGAGUUUUACUCCUGGCUGAGACAUUUUAGCUGAAGCAGCUCUAGAAUGUAAAUAAACCUGGUGGACUGUGAGGAAGCUGCUCUUCAUCAGCGUUUUGGUAAUUCUGAGCUCCGUAUAGAAGAAAGGUUGGUCUGCAGAUGGGUGGAAAUCGAGUGAAAUUGUGAAUUCACAAGUGAAAGUUGAGCAGAACAUCUACAGUCCCUGGUGAUGUUCCCCGAAGCAGCCAACCAACUAAACCACCGACGCCUCAAUACUGCUGCAGUGGCUGCAACUGUGGACUAUGACCUCUGAAGUGUGUGAUGUAUGCAUCCAAUAAUAUGUUAAAUAAAAUAAGAAAGUUUCCUAUUCAAUUUCUUGCAAUGAUGUGUAAAAAGCUUUUUAUGUCAUUUGUAAAAUACGCACUGUACAGAAAUAAACUAUUAAUCUUAUUCAUGAGCUUGCACAGUUACUCAGUGAGAAUACUUAUGCUGAAGUACAUGUUGAACAUUGUAUACAUGCAUGUUUACAGCCGUGGUUUAUUUAUUUGUGUGCAUAUCUCAUUUAGAUGGAAUGGAUUUACAGGUCCUAUCAUUUUUAACUUCAUGCUAAUGUGAGGUUAAACAUAUGCUGCUUUGUAUUUUACGCUAUAUUUGUAUCUUUGUGCAUCUAAUAAAGCAAAUAAAUUGA